AUGGAACUAAUGUGGAGACUUUUGUAUGGAGAAAAUGAAGGAAAAAAUUAUUUCCAGGCAUUGGCGGCAGUCACAUACAUACAUGUGUUUGUGAUAUUUAAAACCAAUACCAAAGUUGAAAACUUGUUAAUCGAAGAACUUCUCACAUUGAAUUUAAUAAAUAAAACGUAUGUUGAACAUGUUACCAAUUUGAAAUUAGAUACACGAUUUGAAUCAAGAAGUAGAGUUGUUGUUCUUGAAAGUGGAGAAACGUCAACAGUACCGCUUAUUCGUGUUGACUAA